UCCAACUUCCAUAUUUCUUGCCACGACAACCGCAAAUAUGGCAGUUUCACAGGAGAAAAUAUCAGUGCACUCACUUGCAGACCUCAAGAACACCUCCGACGAUGCCAUCCCCGCUUACUUGAACUCCCUCUCCUUCAAACAAUCACACACCCUAACCGACACACGCCUCGCACUGGGGUAUUCCGCCUUCUUCAUCUGCGCCGCAACCUUCUACUGGGACUACAAACUCGGCUUCGACUCUACAAAGUACUACACCGCCAUCGCAGUCGCCAUCUACACAGUCCUAAAUGGCGUCCUCACAUUCUGGAUCUGGGGCGUUGAAAAAGGCACCAUUUACAUUGGCACGAGUUCGGCUGGUGACAAGAUCCAAAUAGCAUCUAAGACAGAAAAGCAUGUCCCAAUCUACAAUUUGACAGUUACGGUUUGGAAGAAGGGGGACAAAGAGGGGAAGGUAGUGGGGAUCAAGAAGCCAUUCACGCAAUGGUUUGACAAGAAGGGUGGAUUUGUGGUUCUGCCAUUUCAGCAAAUGAUUGCGAGUGCGGUAGACGUGGUGGGCAAGAUGGAUCCAGGGAAGGUGGUAAAGAAGGAGAAGAAGGUCGCGAGUGUGGAGGAUGCAGACAAGAGUAUGGAUGAUAAGUGGGCGAGCUUGUUGGCGGAGAGUUCGAGUGUCAGUGUAGGUGCAGAGGAGACGACGACGCCGAAGUCCUCUAAGAAAAGGAGCAAGAAGGCUGCGUAGGGUAAGGGAUGGAGUGGAUGUGUAUGAACUGCAGAAGACCUCUAUCUCUUUCGGCAUUUGGAAGGGAAUAUCAAGGGUCGAAAAAGGAAAGCAUUUCUGGAGGCGUUUGGACUGCCAUUUCCAUGUGAAGGUUUUGAUCAAAUACCCAACUUAGGCAUAUACUUCUCUGCCAUUUACAGGUAUGCACUACUGCAAUUUUUAUCGAUAAGAUUGAUGUACGUGAACAACGAAGUGCGUUUUAGACAUUGAAAUUAUUAGAAUAUCCAGAUCAGCUACAGGACAUCCGGCACAGUCAUUGUCCCUCCCAAAGCUCAGGCAUUAAAAGCUCUAUGUCCUCAAUCGUAUUUAGACAUUGUACAACUCUCCUUGUUUGAUUCUCUGAUGAAUAUCCACUACGGAUUGUUUUGACUGUCGGCAACGUUAUCUCGCAUAUG